UCCAUAAAGAGGGCUCAUUUCGGAUUCCCAAUUUCCUGGAACUACAACCUAACUUACCACGUAAAAGAUUACAAAUCCAGACUACCAUGUCGUCGGAAAACACGUCGCCGUCCUCGCCUUCCCGUUCGGCAGCCACCCUUGGCCUCUCGCCAACCUGCUCCUCAAGCUCGCCACCGCCGCCUCGGAUGUCCGCUUCUCUUUCUUGAACACGGCCAAGUCCAACGGCGUCAUCUUCCCUCUGCCGUCAAGAGCAGAGCUACCCAGCAACGUCCGAAUCUAUGACGUCAGCGAUGGCUUGCAGGACGAUUGCCAGGGGGCGGCGAAGCAUCCGAGAGAACACGUGGAUUUAUUCCUGAAAGCGGCGCCCGAGAGUUUUGGAGCGGCUGUUGACGUUGCAGAACAAGAUGUGAGGAAGAAGGUGAGUUGUUUACUGACGGACGCUUUCUUGAUUUUCGCAGGCGAAAUGGCAGAGAAGAUGCAGGUUCCGUGGGUAACCCUUUGGGUCCCCGCUCCGUAUUCGUUAGCGGCGCAUGUGUACACUGACGUCAUAAGAGAGCUCCUUCGUGAAUCCUCCGGCGGUGGCACCUCCACCGACGACGACGACGACAAAAGCCUCGGAGUAAUUCGAGGAUUAUCUAUGAUGCGCAUUUCAGAUUUACCUAAUGAGAUAAUUGAUGAUCAGGAUACAUCAAGGGUUGCGUGCCUGCUGCGUGAGAUGGGGCUUGUGCUCCCAGGUGGCGCCACUGCUGUCGUCAUGAACUCCUACGUCGAAGUGAACCCAACACCUCUGAUAGCGGACCUGAAAUCCAAGUUCAAGAUGCUCCUCCAAGUGGGGUGCCUCACUGUGUCAUUCCCCCCGCCGCCGCUGCCAUCGAGCUCCGCCUCUGACACAACUGGUUGCUUGACGUGGCUCGAUGCCAGAGACCCUCAGUCUGUGGCAUACAUAUGCUUCGGGACGGUGGCAAUGCCAUCACCAAGUGAGGUAUCGGCUCUCGGGGAAGCUUUGGAGUCUACUAAGACCCCAUUUCUAUGGUCCAUCAAGGAACACGUGAUGGCGUACUUGCCCAAGGGGCUUCAAGAGCGGACGAGAGCGUACGGGAAAUUCGUCCCAUGGGCUCCACAGGGCCAGGUGUUGAGCCACCCGGCGUGUGGGGUCUACGUGACACACUGCGGGUACAACUCGGUGUUCGAGAGCGUGGCAGGUGGCGUGCCGAUGGUAUGCAAGCCAUUUUGGGCGGACAACAUGAUGAACGGGAGGAUGAUAGAGGAAGUGUGGGGGAUUGGAGUGAAAGUAGAAGGUGGGACCAUAACGAAGAGUGGGAUGGAGAAGGCAUUGGAGGUGGUGUUGAGGGGUGAGGAUGGGAAGGAAAUGAGGAAGAAGGUUGGUGAGUUGAGGGAGAGAUUGGUGGAGGCAGCUGGACCCAAUGGGAGUGCUGAGGCCGAUUUCAAGGUCCUUGUGGAGCUCAUCUCCACUUCAUGAAGCGCAUCAUGCAUUAGCUCCCAUUUGCAGCAGAUUUUAAUGAAUGUAACGUAUUGAGUGAUGUGUCUCAAACUGCCAUUGGUCGUGAAAGACCCCCUACUUGCUUAAGGUCUAUUUAAGUCCAACGUAAUAUUUAGUAAAUCAAUGUCAUGUACUCAUGGUUAAUGCUUUUGAUGCUCCGAGUAUGAUUUGAACUCUCCAUUCUAAUUUUGGUA